AACUAUUUUUGUCACAUGAGGGCAAAAUUUAUCAACAAUUUCGGUAUUUACAUGUUGCUUUAAAAACUAUUGUGAUUUUGUGAUUAAGAAGGACCAAACGGGACAAAUGCUAAUGAGUUAAAUUGUAAAAAAUCCCUAUUUAAAUUUACGGUUGCGAUCAUCCGCCGUUCAUUUGAAUUUAAUAUGCAUAAUGUAUGAAAGCUCUUCAAACCAGGACAUGUGAAAAAGAGACGAGUAGUGGUAUGGAUGCACUGAGUCCUAAGGAGUUUGCUAUUGUAAAUGAGUUAGCCAGUCUUCUGCGUAAAAAUGGUUGCUUUGCAGGAGAACAGAUCCUCAAUGGAAGUACUCAGUUUUGUUUGACGACACAAUCACUAAGUCAGUUGAACCAUGCCUUCCGACGGUACAGCGAGACCAAAUAUGACUUUGAGGCCAAGAGAGAAAGUGAAAGGUCAAGGCAUGGGUCAGGUCGAGGUCGGUCAAGGAUGACCCAGGAACAGGAACAGUUUCAAAGAUGGCGAACCAAUGCACAAUUUCUGAAUGAUUUUAUCACAAAGACUGCUUCAUUAAAGAUUACACAUGGAACAUCUACAAUGCAAGGUCCUAUACUUAUUUCAAGAUUCAAAAGUCUACAAGUCCUAGAGUUGAAGAAAAUACCCACUCACAUGCUAGAGGGUCUGCACAAGCUAAGGGGACAACUUAGAGUUGUGACUGUGACAAGAUGUUUGCAUAAUCUCCAGGAGUUUUUGGAGACCUGUGGGGGAGACCAGAGUUCCCCCAUGUCUUGGCCCCAGCUGACCGCAGCUUACUUCAGCUACAACUGGAUCAGUAAGCUGGAUGCCUCGCUAAGACUACUUCCAGCUCUAAAUCUGUUGGACCUCAGCCACAACAGUAUUGAUAAAGUAGAGAAUUACAUUGAGUACCUGACAGAGCUGAGAAGGAUCAACCUUGGCUACAAUCUACUGGACUCUGUACCCAUGUUCUCCAUUACCGUACAGAAGAAACUGCAGACACUGGUCAUACGGAACAAUAACCUGGACAACCUCUCUGGGGUGGAGACACUAGAAGUCCUGGAGGAGAUUGACGCCUCAGAAAACUGUCUGAUUGACCAUGCUUGUCUGGGGGUCUUCACCAAGCUUCACUCUCUCCGAGUGGUCAGUCUUCAAGGAAAUCCUUUGUGUUAUCAUCAGCUUCAUCGUAUACGAUCCCUCCAUCAGAUGUCAUCACAAGCACUCUCAUCAAAUAAGGUUGUUCUUGAUGGCAAGCCAGUGAAACCAGCUGAACUCUUGCAACUUCAGAGCACAGGCAAAAUACAUGCACCCACUGACAAAAAACCAGACAAGGCGACUGUCAGUAGACCCCCCUCAGUCCACCAACGUCUGUCCGCGCAAUAUAAUUUUGAAGACACAGAUGACAUUGCUGAAUCUGUAAAGGUCGGGUCUCCAGGCAAGAGGAAGAGUCGACGAAAGAAGUCACGCGGGAAGUCAAUGAGGACUAACACAGACGGAAGUGAGGUCACAGAAACCACCGAUGGAUCAUCUCCAGAGAGUUCAAGAGUGCCAUCACCUACAAGAAUAGUAGAGGGUCAGGCAUCAGCAUCCACACGGGAAGAAAUUGAGGUGCUACGUGAUCACUAUGGUGUCAACUGGUUGCAGGUGAUAUCUGCCAAAGAAUAUGAGGUCACAAAAACAGAAGUGAAUGAAGAGUCAAAUCUACAAAAUACUGAUACACCUUCCAUUAAAGAUGAAGAUGUCACUGAUUCAAAAACAUUCAAUCAUACUGAAGAUGACAUUUAUUUGAAUGACAGCUCAGUAGAUGUUCAGAAUGGAACCAAUGAUUUGGAGGAUGAUAUUGAGGUGCUGCAUGUAUCAAAUGGCAAAGAUAUGUCUGGUACGGACCUAUUGAUCAAUGGACGGCCAGGCUAUGACAGAAUGAGCAGUUCUAAAGGAGCCGAGUGGGAUCGAGACGAGGAGGAAAAUCUAGCUCUUUAUGGAGAGGAGUGUGAACCGUUUAUAAUGAUGCUGCCCAAUGAAGAGCUUCAGAAUUUGCUUGUGACCUUGAACCAGCGCUAUUUGAUUGAGAAGGACAUUGAAGGCAAUGUCAAGGAAAUGCUUGACCUCAAAUGCUUGUUAUCAUAUAAGAUAGAAAAUGAAGAGGUCAUUCAUGAAAACUUGGCAGAUGAACAAGUCCCUGUGUUCAGAGCCAAGUUUGAUUAUGUGAGAAAGGAUAGGCGUGAACGAGUCUUCAUACUGGAAAGCACAAUAGCAGCCAUUGAAUUUGAAAAUUUAUUAAGACCCAUAAUGGAAAGCAAGGAAAUCGAAAACCAAAGAAAAAACAUUCUACAGUGUUUAAAGUGUUCCAAGGAAGUCACAAAACAAGAAGCAGAUAUAUCCGAGCAUGUCUUUGACAAGACGGAAAUAACGUCACAACAAGAGAUUCGUUACCAAUGUCCUCACUGCAAGAGUCAGAUGUUGAUUGAGGUCACCCAUGAGGAGACCCGAGCCCCUGUCCCCAAGGGGUCCAGUGGUGGGGACAACAUAGGAGACAGUCACAACAGAAAAGAGGAAGAUUCUGAAUUAUCAGUAGUAGGAAGUUUAUCCAGACCAAGGACCUACGCAUUUAAUGACAUCAUGUCACAUUCAGACAUUGGACAUAUGCUAACGACACCAUCAAUACCAAGAUCAAACUCUACAGGGAAAGCACUGAGUGAAAAACAGCGAGAAGAAGAGGGAUUGAGCCUUGUGAACUCUUGGUCAGAUGUCACAUCUUCUGAACAGAGUAAGCGAAAAAGUCGAAAUUCUGUGGACAGCGAUAUUUCAGUGAUAACCAACCCGAGUGAUGCCAGCAUUUCUGUGAUUUCGAGUGAUGCCAGCAUUUCUGUGAUUUCUGAGUCUAGCGUAGAAACAAUAUCUGAACCUUCAAAUAAACAUAAUGCAGACGAUGGUUCUUUUGUGACAUCAACACCCCAGAAAUCGGACAAAAGAGAGGCUGACAGUGUAACAGUACCAAAGAGUUUGAAUUUAAACGGUAUUGUUGAGGAAGAGGAAUUGACCCCUGUAGGGUCACCACUGUCCAAUAGUAUUUGCUCUAGCAUGGUGUCCAGUGUGUACGAGAAUUCCCUAUCUGUAAAUGACAAUCAGGAAACCUCAUCCAACAAAGAUCUGUCUCAGUCUGUGAUAAACAAUAAAACUGAUGUAGAAAAUAACAAUGGCAAUACUAGUAAUCAGUCUCAGUUAAAUGGGCAAGAUGACUCUCUGGACAAUAAUUCCAGUUCGUACGAGACUUGUGAGCAGAACAGUACACAGGACAGUACCAGCCUCAAUCUGCAGGCUGUGGUCAAUAGAAUCAACGGAUCAGACAGUCCUGCAGUGAGGGAUGAUUCAGGGCUUGAUUGGUUGAAAAACCUUGACAAUCAACACCAUGUUGACCUGAGCGUUGUUGAUCACAGAGUGCAACUGUACUUAGACAUGAACGUUUUGGAACAAUCAGAAACUGUGCAGUGUUGUAUACGAUGUACUACAGUCCAGUACAUGAGGUCCUCAGAGUUCCUCUCCUAUCUGAUCUUCUCCACCAGCAGAAUCCUAGUCAUUGAAAUUUUAAACCCUGAUGAAGAAGAGAACUCGGACGGCUUGUCUUGUAUUGAGAACCAGCCAAUGACUGAGCUUUGUUACGUUGACAUUGGGCUGGGUUACCAGAGUGUGCGUCUGGAGUUUGAUACCAUGUGUUCCAGUUAUAGCUUCCUGAUCCGAGACGAAGAACGGUGUAAAUCCUUCAUCAGCUUAAUCACAGAGAUAAUCCAGGGCACUGCCUUCAGUGAGGAUAGUAAGCUGGAGGGGAUCAGUAAAUUUAACGCCACCACCCUUGCUAACCUACAAGACACUGUCUGGUGGAAGUUCAAACACAACCUCUCGGAUCAAGACAACCAGUUCAACCUUGUCCGAUACCUCUCUGGAAGAUUUAUCACAGAGCAUGAUGACACUAGAUCUGUGGGUUUAGCUGUGACUGACACUUACAUCUCAUUGGUGGUGGAGAACCACCAGUGGCCAUUACCAAGGUUACAGGCCUCCUUACCAGAAAAUAUUAGAGGACAACAGUUUGUUCUAUUGGAUAGACAGAAGAUCAACAACAUUGCUACCAUUGAGGUCUGUAGUUCCACAGGUGCCAAAAUAAAGGUCAAUUUCUUUAAUGAAGAAUCUCAAGAAGAGGCUCAGUGGUUCAUUGCCAUGAAAACCAGCAUGAGUACAAGGUCCUUUUUGGAAUCUAUUCGAGAGCCUUGGGAGGCUGCAUUUGAGGUUGGAAUGGUAAUUGUUCAAUCAGAUUUUGAUGAGGGGUCAUAGGUUAUGUAUUUACAACUUAACUUAUUCUAGUCAGUCCGGAACUUCCCUGGUUUGUAUAAAGAAUGUUUAUUUAUAAAGUACAAAAAUAUUGCAUGUACAUAUAAUUUUGUUCAAGUUAAUUAACUUAUUUGAUACUGUAAAUGGAAAUACAUCUACAUGUAGUUUUGGGGGGAAAACACACUGUAAAGAAAAACUAAAGUUACAGUAGCAUUGAUGCCAUCUUUCCAUUGUCUAUCUGCAAAUUUGAUAAUAUUUCAAUAAAAUGCAUACAUUUACAGUGCUAUUUAGUAUAUAUCGGUAUUUACUGGAAUCAAUAAACAGAUGUGUGGGUUUAUCUUUAUAUUCAGAUAACAAACUCAGUAUUAUUGGCACAUGUAGAUGUAUGUGUAAAGUGAAAGCUUUUGUUAUCCUUAUCAAAUCCAUGUUUGUAAAUGUACUGCACAUGUACCCGGUAUACUUGCUAUGGUGUCUUAAAGUUGAAAUUGUUUACAAAAUAUGAAGGAUAUCAAUGUUGUGUUUUAGUACAGUGACUGUGUACUUAAUUUUAACCAGAUUUACAAAGUCUUGCACCUCAUUUGUCUCACUUAUCCAAUAAGUGAUUGUUUUAACUGCCACAACAUUCCAACUCUGCCAAAUGUGCACAGGUUUUUUGGUUUUUUUUAACUUUCAGAAUUAUUCUUUUCUUGAUUUAAACCCCUCAAUAUGUUUUUAGCGAAUAUAGGUAUCUUUAAUUUUAUUGUUUUAAUCUUUUUAGUUUUUAAGGUUUUUGCAAUUCUUGAGGUGCUGAAGAUAUUUGGUUUUCCUGCUAUAUCAUUUUAAACCAGUUCUAUAUACAUACUUUAUUUUAAAUAAGUAUGUGUAAUUGUUUAUCAUUCUGCUAAGAUUUUUAAAUUUUCAACCAAAAAAAAAAUCAAAAAUUCCAGAUACAAUUUUUUCCAUGUUUUAGGGAAUGUCAAUAUUAAUAGUACUGUACACAAUAUAGCAAUGAACCAUGCUUCAUUCUCUUAUCAUCUCAGAAAUUCUUCAUGAGAAUAAAAUGAAAAAUAAACACCAUGUUCCCCCCUUUUGUAGUUCUUUUCUUUUAUUCAAAGCAUUAACCUGUGAUAAAUGGUUAUUUAAAUGGUUAUUUGUUGAUGCCUUCCCUCAACUUAUGUUGCUAUGACGUUUGGACAAAUUUAGUAAUGCAAAGUUGUAUUUUAUAUACUCAAACUCUCUUUAUGUCCUUGUUUGAUGCAUUAGUGACAAGUGUAUUAUGCAUUGGGUUUUAAAUAAAAAACUUGAUUAACCA